AUGGCCAAAUUCAAACAAACAGACCCCCGCAGCCAGAAAGGCCGCAAGCGCACAGCUUCAGCAGACCCAGCAGGCCUCAUCGUCCCCUCAGACAGCGACGACUAUGCCGGCGCCCCCUCAAACCCACCUCCUCCAACCCUCCUAACCCCCCGCCCCUCCACCACCACAGCAACCCCAGACAACACCAAAAUCUCCACCACCACCACCACCCGCCGCAACCCACCCGACUACCUCGCGCAGAAACACUACGACCGGCAAUCGAUCAAACAGCACGUCACGGCGGCGAUCCAAAAGCAGCUGUCGCAGUUCCAGGCGUGGUCGGCGACGCAGCGGUGGGCGUUUGUGCAGCGGGAGCGGUUUGGGAAGUUAAGGGAGCGGGAGAGGGGGGCUAAGGGCGCGAGGGGGUCGGCGAGGGGGAGGUUUCCGGGAGUGUAUGAGGAGGGGGUGGAG